CUGUCCCGCCCAUUCACCAGCAGACUAGCGUUUUCAGGAGCUCAGACCCCAGCCUCUUAUACCCUCUCCGUCUCCCUAGACGUGCUCUUCUUUUGUCGUCAUCGCACCCCUUUCAGUACCCCCUUGCCGAACGACCAUCCACUUGGUGCCUUUCAACAGCAGACGCGUCCCCUUUUGAAUGCUUCUCCCGGACCCCCGCCCCAAGCUACUGAAAAAGGAAACAUGCGCACUUCAGAGCUAGGAGCUGUCCGAGUGCUGAAAUUUAUAGGCUGGGUAAGAUCACGUCUCCGUCUCAUUCUGUAGCUCUCAUUCCAGCACAGGAUCUCAGCAAUUCUUCCCUCUUCUCCCCAAACACUCCAGCGCACAGAGUCCUUUCUUCUCCCUCAUCUACAACUUCUUUUAAAAAGAGAACAUUUUUCUAGAGAAAAGGGCUCUGCUAAAAAGAAAGAAUAUAAAACAAAAGGCACAGCAACCCUACUUUCAGCAUGGCAUUGUCACCAGACCCCUUUGCAUGGUGAUGCUAUUAAGGUAGCAGCAUUUUUAUUAUUCAGGAAAAGCAGCUGGGGGAUUCAUCAGUUCUGAGGCUUUGUCUUCCCUGGGCUAACUGAUGGUCCUGAGCCUCGGUUUGACCUGACCAUGAUGCCCAGGACUGGCACUUUUUGUUUUUUCUCAGCAAACUGUACAACCUCAAAUCUCUUUUUGAUUUUCAAGGAAACUAGAUUCCUGCCAGAUUUUGAAUCUAGGCAAUAAAUAGACACUUUGUCCAAGCUUCUUUCUGGAAUCAUUUCGAGAUCACAGAAACAGGAAUGAACCGGCAGCUAGUGAACAUUUUGACAGCCUUGUUUGCAUUUUUCUUAGAGACAAACCACUUCAGGGCAGCACUCUGCAAAGACCAUGACUCCAGGUCUGGAAAACAACCUUCGCAGACUUUAUCUCCUUCAGAUUUCUUGGAUAAAUUAAUGGGACGGACAUCAGGAUAUGAUGCAAGGAUCAGGCCAAAUUUUAAAGGGCCUCCUGUAAAUGUUACCUGCAACAUAUUUAUCAACAGCUUUGGGUCAAUAGCAGAAACUACAAUGGAUUACCGAGUGAAUAUUUUUCUGAGACAACAGUGGAAUGAUUCACGUCUGGCAUAUAGUGAGUACCCAGAUGAUUCCCUGGACUUGGACCCAUCUAUGUUAGACUCCAUUUGGAAACCAGAUCUGUUCUUUGCCAAUGAGAAAGGUGCCAACUUCCAUGAUGUCACCACGGACAAUAAAUUGCUGCGGAUUUCAAAGAAUGGCAAAGUGCUCUACAGUAUUAGACUCACCUUGACCUUAUCCUGUCCCAUGGACUUGAAGAACUUUCCAAUGGAUGUCCAGACUUGUACGAUGCAGCUGGAGAGCUUUGGGUACACAAUGAAUGACCUGAUAUUUGAAUGGUUAAGUGAUGGUCCAGUGCAAGUUGCUGAAGGAUUGACCCUGCCUCAGUUUAUUUUGAAAGAAGAGAAGGAACUUGGCUAUUGCACAAAGCACUACAACACAGGAAAAUUUACCUGCAUCGAGGUCAAGUUUCACCUGGAACGUCAGAUGGGAUAUUAUUUGAUCCAGAUGUACAUCCCCAGUCUGCUGAUAGUAAUUUUGUCCUGGGUCUCCUUUUGGAUAAACAUGGAUGCAGCUCCUGCUAGGGUUGCACUGGGCAUCACCACAGUCUUAACGAUGACCACCCAGAGUUCAGGCUCCAGGGCAUCUCUUCCAAAGGUCUCCUAUGUGAAAGCGAUUGACAUUUGGAUGGCAGUGUGCCUUCUGUUUGUGUUUGCGGCCUUAUUGGAAUAUGCAGCAGUCAACUUUGUCUCCAGGCAACACAAGGAGUUCCUACGACUCAGAAGACGUCAGAAGAGGCAGAAUAAGGAAGAAGAUGUUACUCGUGAAAGUCGUUUUAAUUUCAGUGGUUAUGGGAUGGGUCACUGUCUCCAAGUAAAAGAUGGAACCGCUGUCAAGGCCACCCCUGCCAACCCACUUCCUCAACCCCCCAAAGAUGCAGAUGCCAUCAAGAAGAAGUUUGUGGACCGGGCAAAAAGGAUUGACACGAUAUCUCGAGCUGCCUUCCCAUUGGCCUUUCUCAUUUUCAACAUCUUUUACUGGAUCACAUACAAGAUUAUUCGGCAUGAAGAUGUCCACAAGAAAUAGAUGUGCGCUACAAACCCUGGGACCUUCUUUCCUAAGUGUUGUGCUUGUAAAUACACAGUUAAAUUGUCUUUGUAUCACUUUGACAGAAAAGAAGACUGAGGGAGGGGGGAGGGAGGAUCAUGGGGGUGGGGUUGCUGUCAGCUACAUUUAAAAAAAGACAAGUUCUGUGGGCAAUGAAGAAAAUUGUUUGCACAAGUCAAGGUGUUUCAGAAUCAUGUGUUCAUAUUUCUCAUCCAUAGUCCUUAGCCUUGUUCUUUCAGAUGACACAUCAAUAAGACAUGAUAUGCAGGGUCAAGUUCUUGAGGGCUGAUUAUCUUUGGGUUGGUUUUCACUAAUUCUGGGAAUUAAAAGUUGGCUUAAAAUGCAUAUGCACAGAAAGAGAGAGAGAGAGAGAAGGGAGAGAGAGAGAAUGCUUAUCACUUGACCAUAGUGAGUAGUCUAGAAUGAAUUGCAGACCAAACAUUUUCAGGAAAAUGCUGCCUUGUUCUGAAAACAAGCCUCCCCAGCUGAGCUGUGUUCUUUAAAAUGUCUGUAAUUAGUGUUUCACCCAAGAAACCCUUUUGUGGGUCGUAAGUUAUUUCUACUUAUCUUGGAAACAACAAUGAAAUAAACACCAAUGACAAACAACAGGUUUCUACUCUACCAUCUGUGUAGGAAUGCACUUUGAUAUUAUCUCUCUUUCCUAGAUGUAAUUUUGGGGUUUGACUGUGUAUUGUGUAAUUGAUUUGAUAGUAUAUCCUCUUAAAAGCAAAUACUCAUUUCAUUUUAAAUCCAAGAUAGCAACUAUGUAUAUUUUCCACUUUGGCUAUAUUUAUGUGCAACUUUAAGUGCCCUGGUGUAACUUAGCCAUUGCAGCCACUCAACCACAAUAUUUAUGGAGAUGGUGCGUCCUAAAUGGUGUAACUCUGAUUAGCUUGAACUUCCCAUUUCUGCUUUCAUUGUAGCUGUAACUACUAGUCCUAAUGUUGACUGACCCAUAAUUUCUAAUGUCAAUCUAAGUGAGUAUCAUUUUAAAUAUCCUUGAUUAACUUAAAUUUUAAAAUUGUACUGUGAUUUUCAUAACCCGUUGCCUUUUUGGUACCAGAGCUACGUGGUUUGAAUCCUGGCUAUAUGUUUUAAGUAAGAAAAAUAAAAAGAUGUAUUUUUGCUUACUCAAAUAAAAGACAACAUGUAAAAAUAUAAGGAAAUAAUUACAUUUUACAUGUGCUGUAAAAGGGAUUAUUUUAAAAAAUCAUUUGUUCAAUUUCAAUAAAGAUAAGUGUGCCAUAAA